CGAGCAGACAUAUUGAGACAAGGAUGGUCGCUGCGUCGCACAAAACCUAGCUCUUUACAGGAUGGUUGGGAGGCACCUCUCCACAGAACUGCCCCCACAGAGUGGUCAGGGAGCCCAGUAUGAUAAUCCCCUCUGGGGACACCUGCCAGCCAACAGGAGUGCCACAAGUGCUGCAUCUUCCACCAAUCUCAGUGACUGGGAUCAAUUGAUCAUUGACCAGAAGGACACAGAGGCUUGGCCUUCAAUUACCCUCAGCCAGAGCCAGGCCCCUCCAGGAGGAUGCCCUUUGGACACUGACCCUGGUCGCCUGACCAGCAGCAGCAGCAGCAGCAGCAGCAGUAGUACUAGUAGUAGUUGUAGUGCAGUGAGUAUGGCCACAGGGGCCAACAGCCAGACAGGCCACUUCCCUGCCAACCACCUUAGCAGCAAGGCCAACAGUGGGCCCAGCCCUGCCAAUCAUACUGGAACCAGCAUGCUCUCUAGCCAGGUUGCAUCCAAUCGCAGCUGGGGCUCUGGGCCUGGACCUUCCCACUGCCCCCCUCAGUCCUCAGUGGGGAGUGAAGGGAAGAGUGACAGCCCAGUGGGGGUAGGAGGCAGCAGGGGCUGGGGCUCUUCUUCUUCAUCCUCUGCCACCAACUUUAACUUGAACCUAAACCCUAAUGCCAACCCUUCUGCCUGGCCCAUGUUGGGGCAUGAUGGAGGUGGCACAGGGGGAGGCAGCUCAGGGGGAGCCAACACCAUUUCACCUCCUCAACCUACACCCAACCUCUGUAAUCCACCUGGCCCCCCACCAGCCCAGACCAGCACCUGUACCGGAGCCAACACUAACAGCAACUCCUCGGGGAUUGGCAGCGCCUGGGGUAGCAUAAUGGCCUCUGACACUUCAGAGCCACACCCCUCCCCGUCCACGAAUGUGUCUUUCAGUUCAGAACCUCAGAACCUUAAAACUGAUGGACCAAAUCACACUAAUAAGCAGGAACCCCCCAGCCCCAUCCGCAACUUGCCUGGCUGGGGUAGUGCACCUGUAGGCUUGGGUUCCAUGGGGCAGCCCCCACAAGGGGGCCCACAGGUCAAUGGAGAAGAUGGUACCUCAGUAUGGGGUAACAGUAGCGACUCAAAGGCACCUUCUUCUAAGGAAGCACCUGGCUGGGACUCUGCCUGGGGCCAUGGAGGAGGUGGAGCAGGAAACUCUGGAGGCUGGGGUGACCAGUCUGGUGGAGGCUGGGGGAAGCAGCACACUGAAGAGGCCCAGGGAGGCUGGGAUGCCCCCAGCUCUCCUCCCCAGGAUCCACAAGCUAGUCCUUGGAGCAGAGCUGUGAGCACAGCUGGUGCCAGUGAGGGGAGCAGUGACAGCAUGGAAGGACAUCCCCGGCACAGAGACUGUUCAUCCAGAGAUAACCCAGCUCCUCUGCUGCCUGCCCAGGAUCUAGACCCCAGGGUGUUGUGUAACACUGGCUGGGGACAGACCCCUGUUCGCCAGCACACCUCCUGGGACAUGGACGAUACUAAACGCAAGAAUGAUGUAGGCACUGAAUCAUGGGGAUCUGGCCCAACCACUCCAAGCGAUGCCCAGGGGCCCUCCAACACUAACAUGGGCCCCUCUCAGAGGACUGAGCCUGGGAGCAAAAAUGAUGUGCCUGGUUCUCAGGGAGCUUCAGGUUGGGGUGGAAGUAUAGCUGCUACCAACCAGCCUAGCUCUGGCUGGGGAGAGCCACCCAACAACAUUAAGCCCCCAAGUGGCCCUGGUGGCUGGGGGACCCCUCCAACAGGAGGCUCUACCGCCAAUAUACCCAAGAAUGGGGGUCAGUCCUGGGGAGAGGAAAAGUCAGCUGGGUGGGAUGAUUCUCACAUCAAGGCAACAUCCCAGGGCUGGGGAGAACAACCCAAAGCAUCCCACAGCUGGGGCAAUAGUGGAGGGAGCAAUAAUGCAGGGGACUGGAGAGAACCAGAGGAGAGCAAAAAGAGUCCCACCAACCCUGGGUGGGAGGGAGAAGCAGGAGGCUGGAAGGAAAAACCACGAGGCUGGGGAAUGCCUUCUUCAGGACCUGGGAUAUCUGGAGCUGGAGGAAAUGGGAGCUGGGGAGAGCCAGUUUGUCAGCGCCCCAGUGGCCCUCCCCAAGGUUGGGGGGGAAAGCCUCAGGAUGGGCCCAGUGGUAGUAGUGGAGGAGGAAGCAUGGGCUCUUGGGGUGGCUCAGGCACAGUGAAGCAAGGUGCAGGCUGGGUUGGCAGUAAGCAGGAGUCCUCAGCUGAGCCUACAGGCUGGGAAGAGCCCUCCCCACCAUCAAUCCGACGUAAAAUGGAGAUAGAUGAUGGGACUUCAGCUUGGGGUGACCCUGGUACCUACAACAAGGCAGUCAACCUGUGGGACAGAAACAAUCCAGGAAUGUCCCAGGCUAAAAGUACCACUGGAGGCAGUAACCCCCCGGGCCCCAACAACAACCAUCCCCCCUCUCACAAUCACCCAUAUCAUGGCCCGCCUGCACCUUUACAGAAUCACACCCAAAACUCCCAAAACCAAGGACCCAGCAGUGGGCCAAUGGACCCUAUUGUCCAACACCAGUCUGGGCCAGCUCACAACAGGGGUCCCCUGAUAGCUCAAGGUUGGGGAGAAAUAUCCAGCUCCCACACAAAAUCAGAGAGCUCUUGGGGGGAACCUGCACCCUCUCCGGUCAGUGUGGAUAAUGGGACAUCUGCCUGGGGCAAACCUACUGGGAGCUGUGGAGGCUGGGGAGACAGCAACCCGGACAGCUAUGGCAGGGGAAACCCGGCGAUGGCAUCUGCAUCUUGCAAACCUGCCCCCAAACCUAUGCAAGACGGAUGGGGAGGUGGAGGUGAAGAGCUCAACUUGUCAGGGGGUCAGUGGGACGCUGAGGAGGGAGACAUGUGGAACAGCACUGCCUCCCAGGAGAGCAACUCCUCCUGUAACUCUUGGGGCAAUGCAUCCAAAAAGGUCCCACAGAAGGGAAAAGUCCCAGGGAAGCAAGAAGAUGCCUGGAUCAUGAAUCGUCUCAUCAAACAGCUGACAGACAUGGGCUUCCCUAGGGAUCCAGCAGAGGAGGCUCUGAAGAGCAACAACAUGAACCUGGAUCAGGCCAUGAGCGCCCUGCUGGAGAAGAAGACAGAGCUGGACAAGCGGGGGAUGGGGAUAACUGGCCAUGACUACAACAACGGGCUCAUCAACAAGCCCAUGAGCUGCCCUCGGCCUCCGCUUCUUUCCAAAGACCCCUCAGCAGAACCCCGUUUGCCCUUCAUUGAUAAGCAGAUGCAGAGUGGAAUGUUUGGCGGUGGUGGAGCAGCACAAGCCCGGGCCAUGCAGCAGCCGCAGCCGCCUCCUCAGCCGCCAGUGCCGCCUCUCGGUUCCUCUCAGCCUAGUCUACGUGCUCAAGUGCCUCAGUUUCUCUCCCCUCAGGUUCAAGCACAGCUCUUACAGUUUGCAGCAAAAAACAUUGGUCUGAAUCCUGCACUUUUAACCUCACCAAUAAACCCUCAACAUAUGACCCUUCUGAAUCAACUUUACCAGCUGCAACUGGCAUACCAGCGUUUACAAAUUCAGCAGCAGAUGUUGCAGGCGCAGCGCAAUGUUUCUGGCCCCAUUCGACAACAAGAGCAGCAAGUUGCACGUACAAUCAAUAACAUGCAGCAGCAGAUCCAACAGCACCAGCGUCAGCUGGCCCAGGCUCUGCUGAUGAAGCAGCAGCAACAGCAGCCACCCCCCUCCCACUCGGGCCUGCAUCCUGGCGGGGCCAAAUCCUGCCUGGAUUCAUUUCCAGGUCACCCCCAGGCUCCAGGCCUCCCUGACCUGCAGACCAAAGAGCCGCAGUCAUCUCCCAACACCUACAGCCCCUACUCUCUCUCUGGACUGAAUCCAAACAUGAAUGUAAACUGCAUGGAGGUGGGAAGUCUGUCAAUGAAGGAACCCCCCCAGCCUCAGUCGCGCCUGUCACAGUGGACACAUCCCCACUCCAUCGAAAGCCUCUCUGGAAACUCCUCUCCUCUAGAGCCCAACAUGGGCAAGCAUGGUGCCAACCUGGGCCCCCCUGGUAAGCCCCAUCAACUGGAGGACUCAUACAGUCCCUACAACCUGAUGCCCAGCUCAGAGUCACCUACCAGCCCACUGGUCCCCCCAGACAGCUGGGGGCAGGGCAAGAGCAGCAGUGACAAGAUGGCCAAUGGGACCAAUAUCAACUGGCCGCCAGAGUUCUGCCCCGGUGUGCCCUGGAAGGGUCUCCAGAAUAUCGACCCUGAGACCGACCCCAACGUGACCCCUGGAAGUGUCCCCAGCGGGCCUACCAUCAACACCAACAUCCAAGAUGUCAACCGCUACCUGCUGCGGGACAGGAGUGGAGGUAAACUGUCAGAGAUGAAAUCUACUUGGUCUCCAGGCCCCAUUUCUCACAGCCAGGCCUCUCUGUCCCACGAGCUGUGGAAGGUCCCCCAGGGGCCCCGGGGCAGCAACACGGCCCCUUCCCGCCCCCCGCCUGGCCUCACCAACACCAAGCCUUCCUCAACCUGGGGUGGCAACUCCCUGGGCCUGGCCCAAGGCUGGAGCAGCUCUUACACCACAGCAGGUACCACGUGGAGUACAGACAGCUCCACCAGGACCAGUAGCUGGCUGGUUCUGAGGAACCUCACUCCACAGAUUGACGGUUCGACACUGCGUACACUGUGCAUGCAGCACGGCCCCCUCAUCACAUUCCACCUCAACCUGACACAGGGCAACGCUGUGGUCCGCUACAGCUCCAAGGAUGAAGCUGCCAAGGCUCAGAAGUCCCUGCACAUGUGUGUGCUCGGGAACACCACCAUCCUGGCAGAGUUUGCUGGGGAAGAGGAAGUGAACCGCUUCUUUGCACAGGGCCAGUUGCUUGGCGGAACAACCAGCUGGCAGGCCACACCAGGCACCAAUCAGACAAGGAUGGGUGGGGCCGGAUCCGGAGCCUCCCAUCCCAUAGGUCACUCACCGCACUGGAACAACAACAACGGCAGCAGCAGCAGCAGUAGCAGUGGCCUGGGAACAGGCGGAGCAAAGACGGGUGGAGAGUUGCUGUGGGGUGGUGUGCAGCAGUAUUCCAGCCUGUGGGGACCCCCGAGUGGAGAGGAGGGACGAGUCAUGGGGAGUCCCACCCCAAUCAAUACGCUGCUGCCUGGGGACCUGCUGAGUGGGGAGUCCAUGUAGGAUGAAGAGCCCAGGCUUGACAGACACCAACAGGAGCAAAAACCUUGCAAAUCAUUGUGGAGAUAAUCAGUGUGGGUGUUAACGGUGAAAAGGAGAGACUAGAGGAGGACGAGGCUACAUCCUCGCUGCUCACCCUCGCCAAACUCCUCUACUCCUUUUUGGUUUUUAAUGACAUUUCAGUCACAGUUCUUUUGUGAAUCUCAGUGAGAGAUUUUGCUCACAGUGUUCAGCUCUUACUUUUGGAGACGCAGGAAGGAGUCUUUCAUUCAACAAAGAAAGAGAACUUUUCACAGAAAUGAACUUUUGAGAACUCGCCGUGUGAAACAUGUACUUUAGUCAAACUGACACAGUGACGAGCUGCCAUCUUUAAACUUGCAUAAUCCCUCUCCGCCUUUUGAGGCAAUCAUACUGCACCUCAGAGAUCCAUUAAAAGGCAUCAUUCCCAAAGUAAAAAACUUUCAAUCAGAGUGGUUGUCGAACUUUCAGCUGGUCCAGACUCCAGACUCAACAUUUGUUUCUCUCAGCACUAAUAUUAGCCUUAACCUCUUUUCCUGCCCUGCUAUCCUCACUCACUGUACUUGGUGAAGAAGCAUACGGACACUUGCACACCCUUAUUUCUGAGCCAGUGAAACCUGAGUGGAGAGUACAUGCUGCUGAGGCUUAUCAUUAGCAACCACAGCUCACAACUCCAGUGCAUUUUUGCAAGCAGACUGAUUUCCCCACACGACGCUCAAAGGGAAUGAUGCAACUCUGUUCGCCGUGUUCAAGCCAUUUAUUUUUGUAGUGGUUUUGGGUUUUUUUUGUUUUUUUUUUUCUUAAACCAUUGCAAACAAAGCUAAGAACUGAUAUUAUUCAAACGUGUCUGUCAAUCUUACCUGGUGGGGGGAGAUUUUCGGGGGUCGUCGCAUGUACAGUUAUAGACGUGAUGGAUGACAAAAUGAACCACUGCUAUUACUAUGGAACUGUAAAGACAAAUACUUCAAUGCACCUCAACUCAUCUGCGGGGGAACUCGCAGUUUGGUCUCAGUCUCGGACCCUCUCACUGAUGUUGUGGAAAACCUCAAGUCGUAAAUGUUUCCCACCAGUGUGUAGUCAUUGACCCCACCCCCCACCCCACCCCUGCUCCACCUGCAAAAACACAAUUUCAAGUGACGUGCAAUAUAAGCCUACCGUCCAAGGCCAUGGCCUCUCACAGAAAGAGAGGAGACUAUAAGGAAUGAUUCAACUGCAAAAGCUCUAUCUGCCCUGCAUCCCCCCCCCCCUCCACCCUAAAACUGCCACUACUACCCUCUCAUGCCCCCCCCCCCCCCCAAGAGUGUGUGAGCUCAGGAGAGUAGCAAGCUGGUCUUCAACCACCUUCUGUCCAAGAUACAAGGACGUACACACAAAGCACUUCUUCAGCCAGCCUACUCUCCACACUUAUGCCAGUGACAAGUUCUGGGGGAGAAGGAGGGACAGGUGUGUGUGUGUGUGUGUGUGUGUGUGUGUGUGUGUGGGCGCGUGUGUGUGCACGUGCGCCCGUGUGUGUGCGUGGGCCCGCGUGUGUGUGUGUGUGUGCGUGCUUGGGGAGAAGGCAUCAAACCAAAAUGAGAGGAGCCUGUUUUCCUUUUUACCCAGAAGACCAGAUGACUUUUUUUCUUUUUGCCCAAAUUUGCAUAUGUAGAAAGGUAUGAAGCAAAGAUUUGUGAAUAGGUGGUCUAUCAUAGCACUUAGCAAGAGCGUUGCAGCUCGUUAUACCCUUAAUGCCAACGAAUAGAAGAAAGGAGAAGCAACACUGGCAAAUAAAAACUGAAAAAACAAGGACAAAAAAGCAAUCUGCUUAGUGGCUUCUCUAUAUACUUAUUUUUUAACUUAACAUGGAUGUGAAGAUGUUUUUUUAUUUUAUUUUUUUCAAUCCUUCCCUCUUCCCUCAAGUCGGUGGGACCAGGAAGGAUGUCAAACAUGGUAGCAAAGUGAAGGGAAAUACAAAGAAAGAACUAACUCAACUGAUCAUGGGUGCAGCAGGGAAAGACCCCGAAGCACUCAUCCUCACCCUCUUUAUCAAAGUAAAUAUCACUGUUACAUUGCAUACUUUGAAAUCUUUAGCCUUGGUGUCUGGAAACGCUCGACGUGUUUAUGUUUUACUGGGUCCAGCAGGGAGGAUCGCCAUCUUUGUUGUCCUUUUUUUUUUUUUCUUUUUGUCUUCUUUCUAUUGGAGGCCCUGCCAACCUGUGUGAUAGUGUGGCCACUGAGUGCCUGCCUGCUGCAGAGUGCAGAGCUCUGCAGCAGCCCUCACCCCACCCUCCCGCUCGCUCGCUGCCUCCCUGCGGAUCCCUACAGACUGGCUUCCCUCCUCUUCCUCCCCCCGGCCUCCAGGCCAAGAGCAGCUCUUUCAGAACUGGCCCACCUGUAUUAAAUUUACUACUACUGCUGCGCCAGAGUCUGUCCUCAGCAACCUCCAACUCCACUCUGUCUCUCUCCUGCAAGGAUCACUUUAGCCAGAGAUGGAGGUGUUUGAUGUGUUGUUGUUUUUUUUCUUGGUUUCACUUAUGGAAUUGCCAGUGUGCAUUUUUAUUUUAUUGUUGUCAUGAAGUUUGCUGAUAUUGUUGCUGUUAUCAUUGAUGAUAUAGAUAAUGAUUGUUUUCUGAUGAUGAUUUCAUGGCUUUUUAACGUCGGUCUUUAUGCAGUGUUCAGCUUCUCUCCUGCCCCUCCCACUGCCUCCGAGGCAGAAGCAGUGUGUAGUUUAGAGGUACGCCUCAGCUGUGCAGCAAGGCCAUAUGAAACACUGCAGAUCUCAGUAGAAAAGGCUGUUUGGGGAGUUCCUUAUGUGGGGUCGUUGGAGUCAGAUGGGGUUUGAAGAGUCAAAUCAGGUGGGAAGGGUUGUGUAGUCAAAGGUUCUCCAGGAUAGUGAGCCAACUUCCUCUGUCCAUCCUGGAGAACCCACCUCCACUCUAUGUUUGUCUCCUAACACACACAUCCAUUAGUGUUGAUGGGCCUCACUCACACUGGUGCUUUAUGUUUAACUCUGGGAGCACUCAGUUACACUUAGAACCACCUCAACUGAUAACAGCCUUCCAUUUCUAUGCAAAGACAAGGAGGUUCAUUCACAGCCAUCUAGAAAAUCACAGCCAUCUCCCACAUCUGCCAAUCUUCACUUAUCUCUUGACCUUUACUACCAGGCAGCUUCCCUUGAAAACCCCCCUUGGAUCAAAUGAAAGGGACACUGAAAGAGCCUCUCUUCAAGGGUUUAGUCACCCACUGUGUGGACAGAGUUACUAGAUGACACUAAAUGACCUGCUGGAGGCAUUAGUGGUUGGCAAACAGAGUCACAUCUUCAGUCUUGUGCCAACUGAUCUACAAAUAUCUUCUUCCACCUUGCCAUAUCCUAACUUAUCUUUAAGGUGAUGAGACUUAAGUUUCUUUUGUUGCUGCAGGGGCGUACACCACAAGCUCCAGCUGUAGGAGGCUUGAGGAGUUGAAGGGCAGGACAGAUGAAUGGUGCUGGUCUUUCACCAGCAGGGGACUGGAAAUUUAGUGGAGAACCAGGCUGCAGGAGGAGGAGGAGGAGGAGGGGGUGGGGGUGGGGGUCCCUGUAUGUGUCUGUGCACUGUUUAUGGGUCACAUCGGGUACAUCUCUUUAAAAACCAAAAACAUCUUUUUCUUUAUCAUCAAGAUUUUCGCAAAAACUAGAAACAACGAAAAAAAAAAAAAGCUGUGUUUCAGCUGUGCACUCCGAGGCUGAGAUGCCUGUGUUCUGUUUUUCUGCAAGCUGCCGCCUUCUCACCCCGUCUGGGCUUGUUCUCUGGGCCACAGGUGGGGAAGCUGUAUCCAGGUGGUUCAUUUUGGACCUCCAACCGGAAGGUCGCGCCAGCCAACAUACAACAGGUCAUUUCUGCACAUCUGGCUUUGGGGUCAGGGUCCAAGCAGGGACCCAGUGUAUCAGCAGAAAUAGGGACACACCUCAAGUUUGGUACCAAGUCUUAAAACUUUUUGGGAUUUGCCCUCUUCCAGAGUCACUUUAGACUCGCAUCAUUCAACAAAACAAUCACUAUUGCCUGUGUUGUCUGUUUGUGUGUUGUUGUUCCUGAUAACCUGCAUUUACUCCACACUGGACUUAAAUCAAGGAACUGGCGUUGAAGUGGGGGAGUCGAAUAGAGUGGGAGGAUGGGUGACUGGGACGGAGGUCGAGUCUCAGAUGUGCCCUGGACUUCUUGGCGCAGCACCAGCACUGAGAGCCUCAGCCCCUCCCACACCCCUCACCUGCACUCUUAUCUACCUGUCUAGUGUUGGAAAUCAGAUGCUUUCCUUUUUUCUUUUUUUUCCUUUUUUUUAAGUCACGCGGACUCGAAGGCAACUGGAGCUUGAGCAAAAUCUGCUUCUCAAUCAUGGAUCAGACAAGGGUGUUGGGGCAGGGGCCCCAAAAAGAGUUGAAUUAGCAAAUCUCUCUUUAAAAAAAACAAAGGCCUGGGUUGAAUAUGCACAUGCUAGUUCAUAUACAGUACACAACCAAGACUACAUAAUGGGUGUAUAUGUGUAUAUGGCUAGAUCUUUCUGUUUUCCACUUAGCCUGAGCCCCCUCCCCUCCCUGCCCUGCCUUCAGCCUGUACCCUGUGUAUCCUCCUCAACAUUAUAUUUCCCAGAAGACAAGAUCAUAAACAUAUCAGAGUAAUACAAAAUAAUGAAAACAAAUACUUGAAUCAAAAGAAGCGCCAAUAAUGUAAUGUGAACACUUUUUGUAGUGGUUUUUUUGUCUCAUUCAUACACUUCAGAGAUUUUUGAUAGCAUCGGUUCAGAGUGAAUUAAAUUUGAAAUACGAGUGUUGUUGAGAACAAAGAUCGAUAUAAAGGCAAAUUUACAUCUGUUGUAUUUGAGUGUUUGCACAAGGCUGCUUGUACUGUAUGUUGUAUGAAUGACUGUUUGGUGCGUGAGGUGAAAAUAUGUAUGAGAGCUCGUGAUUACAGCGGAGGAUUUCCGCCUUGUGAUUCUUUUUCAAUUCAGUAUACUUUUGUUGUUGAUUUGUUUUUGUUGUUUUUUUUCUUUUUGCUUGUCAAAAAUAUAUUCUGAUGUUAAUUGUUACUAGCCUCUAGCGUUGCACUGAGUGUCGGCCUCACCCCUCAUCCAGCUAAACGAACAACAUGAUACAAGUACUGAGGGGAGACGGGGACAGUUCAUGUGUAAAUGUUUACUCAAGGACUAAAAUAAGUGUGUUUUUAAAAUGUAAUGUUUAUCUACCUUAGUGGCUUUCAUUGUGGAAUAAUCCAAGAAAGUAUGGAUCAUAAUUGAGUAUUGCACCAUUUUUCAGACUGUAAACCUAAAAAAAACAAGAAAACUGAAAAAAAAAAAUCACAUAUGUAUAAAAAAAAAUGCAGCAAAAAAAAAAAAAAGUAUUUUGCAGACCUGUGGCCAUAGAUUGGGGUAGAAGGACUUCAGCUCUCCCGAAUCUGAGCAACGGAGAGAGUGAAGGACAAGACAUCAGACUGAGCCUUGGCUUCUAGGGCUCACUUCAGAGGUGCCUACCUUUUGGUUUGUUAGCUUUCGUUCUGUUUUCACUUAUGUUCAAUUCGCUCAUGUUGUCAUUUUGUUUUCCUGCAAGGCCACUGACAGUUUACAAACACUUUGUUUUUUUCUGGAGUUCAGAAAAAAUCAGCAACACAAAAGAAUUAAACCAUGGGAAUGUUGGAUAAAGAAAAAAAGGACAAAUGCUUCCAUUUUUAAAAAAAAGUGCAACACUUCACAGAAUGAAGAUUUAUUGUGCUACUUUCAGAACUCUGGGAUUGAACAGUGUUGUCUUGUUCUGUUUAACCUUCUUUGCUCUGUGUUAAUGUUGAUUUCAUGGACUAUCUGAAGCCUGUAUGUUUUAUGUUGAUUAUAUAUAUUUUUCUUUUAUAUAAAAAAAAGAAAAGAAAAAAAGACAUAAUUGCUCACUAUCUUGCACACACACGAAAAAGUGGAUCUUGUCUCAGGAAGGCCAGGGUUCCAGAGUACCAACUCCACGCCAUUUUAAUGUACAUUUUUAUGAUGAGUUUAAAAAAAAAGAAAAAAAAAAAGAAUGAUUUAAAAGAAACAAUUCUAAGCACUGAAAGUUAUGGAUUUCAGAAGAAGAGAAAAUACCUUUUGUUUCUAAAUCCGUAGCAGUUACAUAAUAACCAAAUAAUGGACUUUAAAUGAAAAUGGAGUGCUUUAUAUAUAAAUCUAUAUAUUGAAAUUGCUUUACAUUUAAAAACAAAAAAGGUCAAUGAUUUUGAUUGUUAAAAAAAGACCGUGAAUAACAUGCAAAAUGCUGUAUGUUUGAAUCUUUAUUGUGUUUUCUUAAUGAGGUCCCGUCCUGACUGAAUCAGGAACAUUGUGCAUUACUCUUUCUUUCCUCUUUCUCUCUUUCUCUCUUUCUCUCAUUCUCCCACAGCGGGUAUUAUUACUAGAUAAAUCAGACUUUUGUGGAACAUUUUUCACAUUUUGGAGGAUGUUUGUAAAACAUGAGCUGGUUGUAAAGGAUCAUGAAACUAUGCACAAGUGUUUGGGGGUGGGGGGUUGGAAGAUGGGGAUUUUAUGGCCUACUUCUACAUGGCUGAUCUAUUGCAGGGGUUUUUGGGAUCCAAUGUGUUUUUAUUUGUUUUCUUUUUUAAGGGGGUGGAGGGGGGGGUGGAGAGGUGAUUCAUGUCGAGCCCCCCGCCUCCAACUUCCUUCCCCUGAUUCAGAUUGACCUAGCGCUACAUCGCCAUGCUGUGUAUUCCUAAAACCAAUGAGCGUCUCACUCUUUAGCACUGUGGGAUUCUAGCCUGUCACCCUCAAGGGUUUUUUUUCUCAGUUGUUACGGUUUUCUUGGAGGGUGGGGUGGGGUGGGGAAAUGGGAUUAGGGCUGCUUUUUUUUUUUUUUUUUUUGGGCCUUUUUUUUAAUAUUAAGUAAAAAUGUCUGUACUGAGAUUUAAUGAAAAGUCAGUGGCUUGUAAUGUUUUAUUUUUUCUCUGUAUAUCUCUUUCUCCUCAUAGAAUGUGAUUGUUAAAUGACAUGCACCGAAACAAAUGUUUUCAUGAACUAUGGAGCUUCUUUCAAAUAUUAAUAAAAUAGCUUUUUUUUUUCUUGGC